CUGCCUGACGCACCCUUCAGACACUUCCCUGUGUUACUGCCUGACGCACCCUUCAGACACUUCCCUGUGUUACUGCCUGACGCACCCUUCAGACACUUCCCUGUGUUACUGCCUGACGCACCCUUCAAACACUCAAAAUGUGAAGGUGGGACGUUUCACCUAGUUCAUGAAGAUCACCCCCCCACAUGUCCAAUCAGGUGGAACCACCCACAAGUAAAAAGGCACUAACCCUGUGCCUGUCUCUUCAUGUGAACUUAUAAAGGGACUCAACAGCUGCACUUGAGUUUAUACUGAGAUUCACAAACAAACUGUAAUAUCUAUAAAUGUUGUCCCUCAGGCUUUUCUACAGAGGCAAAGCUUACAGCAAGAGCUCUGUGAGUUCUGCCACAAGCACAGCUACAACCUGGUGGUGGCCAUGACGAUCUCCUUCAACGAUAACAAGGAACCCUUCAGGCAGCUGGCUGUCUACAGCUCCAGCACCCUCUACAGGGGGGAGAUGAGCCAAGCCUUGGAGCAAGCCCGGAGACCCAGUCUGAGCCUGAGUCCAAUGAGCAGCCCUUACUCGGACAUCAGGGCUUACCUCCAGGGCAACACGUUGGCCUCCAGGAAGAAGGUGCUGCCCAUCAUCAAGGACUUCCUGAGGGACAGGGAGCGAAGAGAGGUGCAUUGUGGGACCCUAGAGGAGAGUUACGAGGUACCACAGCAACGAGCGUGCACUGAGGACGCUGGGAUAGAGGAGGACUCCUACUUCCCCCCCACCCCUAUGAACAGUCUGGUGGAGGGCUGUCCCCUUGACAACGGACUGCCCAAGAUCAGCGCUGAAGCUCUGACGGAGAAGUUCAGCAAGAUGGCCAGUGAAGAGGAGAACGCAGGGGGACUCUGAUGUCACUCACACUCCUGGUGGUCAGUGGAGCACCCAAGCUCACUAACCUGUAUAACAGCUGGAUGGCCAGAGUUCUCGCAACAGGAUUCAGACCAGUACAGGUUGUUUGUGACUGUGCAGGGUGUUGAGCUCGGCACAACAUUGAUCCGCUGGGACGAGGACUGGGAGGCCCACUGUUCCCAAUCCAGAGGAGUAAACAAUCCACUGGCAAUCAUAUUGGAGAUGAUGGAAAUGCAUUGAAAAUAUUAGUGGCACCCGUGCUUUACGUUAGUGGCACCCGUGCUUUACGUUAGUGGCACCCGUGCUUUACGUUAGUGGCACCCGUGCUUUACGUUAGUGACACCCGUGCUUUACGUUAGUGACACCCGUGCUUUACGUUAGUGACACCCGUGCUUUACGUUAGUGACACCCGUGCUUUACGUUAGUGACACCCGUGCUUUGCGUUAGUGACACCCGUGCUUUGCGUUAGUGGCACCUGUGCUUUAUAUGGGGGGAGGGGGUUCCCGAGUGGCGUAGCGGUCCAAGGCACUGCAUCUCAGUGGUAGAGGCGUCACUACAUACCCUGGUUUGAUUCCUGGCUGUAUCACAACUGGUCGUGAUUGGGAGUCCCAUAGGGCUGCGCACAAUUGUCCCAACGUCGUCCGGGUUAAGGUUUGGCCGGGGUAGGCCGUCAUUGUAAUAAGAAUUUGUUCUUAACUGACUUGCCUAGUUAAAUAAAGGUUAAAUAAAAAAAUAUUAGUGACACCAAUGCUUUCAUCCUUGAAUGGGAAUAAGACAUUUAAUUGGGAACUCUGUUAAUGGAAAAAUAAUCCCAGUUGUUAUGUUUCCGGGAAAAAUAGAUUUUGCUGUAGAUUUGAGAAAAUAGAUCCACUCUCUCUCUUCUCCCCAAGAGUGUGUGUGCAGCCUAGACUAAUGUGUAUAUGAACAUUUUUGUGAUAGAUGCCUAAACCAAUAUGUGGUCUGCUUACUAAGGCAACAGGGAUCUUGAUCCAGGAGGGCAUUGAAUGUCUACUGUAACCAAGGAGCUUGAUCUUGACAUCUAGGCACUGUGCCCUAUACUAAUGUGUAUAGGAAGAUCUUUGUGAUAGAUGCCUAAACCAAUAUGUGGCCCCACUUUAUUUGGAUAGUCCGGCUGAAGAUAGUUUGACCAUCUGUUGAUAAGCAACGGCUUAUUAAGCUUAGGGUAAGGGUUAAUAGUUAGAGUUGGGAUUAGGGUCAGAGUUAAGUUUAGGGCUUGGUUAGUACAUAGUUAGUUGAAAUGUGAGUCUGUAGAGCAUCUACAAAUGGACUGUCCAAAUGAAGUGUUACUCUGCAUGAUAUGCAGUGUUGAUUUGACAUAAUUGAUAAGCAGUUUGACGUUGAAGUAAAGUGUUUGUGUUGAAUAAUUAUUGCUAGAGAUAGCUAGACAUUAUUCCUUAACUGUUUUAUUGAUAAUAAAUCAGUUUUGAAUGUUCUUCUGAUUCAAAACACCAUUAUAAUACUGUAUCUUCCCCAAAUGAAAGAUUUUGUAUACUGCAAAUGUAUGUAAACAUAAUGUAUUUAAGAAUUAUCUGAUUAUAUGCAAUUGUAUCGCACGAAGAUACAGUAACUUCCGUUGGAUUGUGUUAAAACACUUGGUACCAAUGAUAUUGCUGAUGUCAUGUUAAUUUGAAUAUAAUACUUUGAUAUAUUAUCUGAAACUAGGACUCCCCAGAACCAAGGUACUUCCAGGCCUGAUGUAGUCUAAUUAAAUGACUGUUUAUUUCAUAAAAUGCUCAACUGAUGAGAACAGUGUUUGAGAUGUAGCCAUAUUCUGCACUGAAAGGUAGAUUAGAUUUCAGUCAAGGUUAGACCAUUAGCAGAUGUUAUGUUAUGAAGGACAAUCAAGUGAUUGUCAGUUUGACCUUUUUAAUGAUUUGGAAACCAGCUGACUAAAGUUUUACAGUUAGAAAUGUAAUGGUUUCACCUGAAAUGUUGAAAAGGAUUUAAUUUAAUUAAAGUUUCUUAUCCUG